UCAAUCUUCAUUGCUUUGCUUUGCUUUCUCGGUUUCUCUCAGGAGAAGAAACAAGAAAUACAGAAGAGAAGAAGAAGAAGAAGAAUGUUGGCUAUAUUUCAUAAGGCGUUCGCUCAUCCUCCGCAGGAGCUGAAUAGCCCUGCCUCAUCGAGGGUGAGUAGAAAGCCAAAGACACCGGAAGAGACUCUGAGGGAGUUCCUCUCUUCUCAUCCCUAUAACAAUUUCUCCAUGAGCUUUGCUAACGCGGCGGUGCUGGCUUACGCUCGCCCCGAACGCUCCUACUCCAUUCACCAGAGGUUGUUCUGUGGGUUUGAUGACAUAUACUGCCUGUUUCUGGGGAGCUUGAACAACUUAUGCACCCUGAUCAGGCAAUAUGGUCUGUCGAAGAACACCAACGAGGCCACCUUCGUGAUCGAGGCCUACCGUACUCUCCGGGACCGUGGGCCUUACCCGGCUGACCAGGUCGUCAAGGAUCUCGAAGGCAGCUUCGCUUUUGUCAUCUACGAUAGCAAGGCCGGUACCGUCUUUGCUGCAUUGGGUUCCGAUGGAGGGGUUAAACUAUACUGGGGCAUUGCAGCGGACGGGUCGGUGGUAAUUUCCGACGAGUUGGAGGUCAUAAAAGGAAGCUGCGCAAAAUCCUUUGCGCCAUUUCCUACUGGGUUCAUGUUCCACAGCGAAGGAGGACUGAUGAGCUUCGAACAUCCGAUGAACAAGGUGAAGGCGAUGCCCAGGGUUGAUAGUGAAGGGGUGAUGUGUGGGGCCAAUUUCAAGGUUGAUGCGUACUCGAGGAUCCACAGCAUGCCACGUGUCGGAAGCGAGACCAACUGGAUGACAUGGGAUUCGAAUUAAAAUAUCAACCAAGACAAACAGAAGAGAAGGCCGAGUGUGUUGUGUUGGUGGCUUGGUGCAAAAUGUGAUCAAUAUAACACACACUCACUCUGGCCCCCACCAAACACCCUUUUCCUUUUACUUUCUUUUCUUUCUACAUCGUUCUGUUUUUGUUUUCUUUUCUUUUCUUCCUCUCGAGUCUGGAUUACUGAUCUCUAGGUUCCACGUGGGUCCCUCCCUAAGAUUAUGCAUGUAUAUCAUGGCUGCUGUAUGUCUGUAUCACUGUAUCCCCAUCUCCUCUGUCUCGAUGACUGUACAUAUUAUGAUAUGGUGAACCAAAAUAACAUAAUUUUCGUAAUUA